AUGGCGGACGAACGAAGAUUUCAACGGAGGCCGGGAAGCCCUGCCAACUCACGGUCCGCUCACUGGUGCCCCAUCGUAAUCCGCCGGAUCACGAUCAUGCUGGUGUCGGUCCUCUGUAUCGAAGCAAGACCAUUCCCGAAGAAGAGGCAGAAGAAAAAGGAGGAAAAGGAGCAGGACAAGAAUAGCACCUCUCACAGGCUGCCUGGUUCAAGCCACAGGACGGCGAGGGAGCCACUGACGGCCGGGUCCCCUUGGGCGGUUGAGCAGCCCGGGGAGAUCGGCCGUUCAGGGUUCAAAAACCCUUGCUGCUGGGGCGACAACUGA